UAGGAGGGCUCCUGCCAGGGGGAGGGGGAGGAGGUGUGCUUCCCGCAUUCUUCUCAUAACAGACUCACACAGUCCCAGCGGGGAGCCAAGCUGGGGGGAGAGACAGAGUCAGUCGGAAGAAGGAAAAGGGAAGAGAGAAGCUGCUUUGCUGGGGCUUGAUCUCGUUUUGCAGGAUAUUCUCCUGCAUGAAUGGGAGAUCCGCCCCUGAGGUCUGGGGAGCGCACGACCCUGAUUUUGCACAAGGCAAAUUUUUAAAGAAGAAAUACUUCGUGGUGGGAGAGCAGGCCACUGAGAUCAGUAACUUUCCUCCGAGGCCGGAAUGCAGUGGUUGGAUGGCCGCUUUCCCCACCCUGGGCAGAGGGGGACUGGAGUUUCCUGUGCAGUUCUGGGAGUGACAAGCAGAAUUUGUACUUAGCAGGUUGCACUGGGACGGAGGAAACUUUUAAAGUUCUGUUCUCCUUUUUGCCAUUUUUAUAUAAGCCACGUUCUUUCUUCCAGGAAAACCAGGCACGUCUGAUCUGACUGCAGUUGGAUUUUUUUUUUAUACCUCGAUCUCGAUUGCUUGUAUUAAAAAAAAGUCGAGCCAUAAAUUCGGCCCACAGAAUCCCCCGCAAAUCAAACUAUUAGUUUUACAAUUUACAAAAGUCUACCCCCCUCCCGCCUGUUUUCUCGACACUGAGAAUGAAGGAAGGAUUUGCAGUGAAAGCUCACUGAAGUGCAACUUCUCUGCCCGUGCCUGUGAAGCCAGCCUGUUGCGUCGUGUACUGCAGCCACCGGCCCUCCUGAAUCCAGUGUUUUGCCCUUUACUCCCUGGGGUAAAAGGAGCACAAAGAGAAAAUACGGUUGGCAGCAAGGCGUCCUUUGUGGAGCUGGCCCAAAAAGCUUCAAGAGUCCAGUCCGUUUGGGGAAAAAAAAGAAGAAAAUCCUUUUGUCUCCAGCUCAAAAGUAGAAUUUGUUGAGGAGUGAAGAGAGCAUCAAGUGAUCCCAAUUACUGAAGGGACUGAAACCAUUUCUGAGUGGAGAUUUUGGACUUGCAGGCGGAAGGCCAGGUGUCCCCUCAUGUAUCAGUACUGCUCCUCCUGACUGAGGAAGUCAAAGUGACGGAAAUAAGGUCAACGGCAGCUUUUGCAUUCCACCCCAAAGGCACCACAGUUUGAGAUGAGGAAUUCAGAAGAGCAAACAGCUACGACAGUUUUACAGCGUCUGCUGCAGGAGCAGCUCCGAUACGGAAACCCAAAUGACAACCGCAACCUCCUUGCCUUACAUCAACAAGCCACAGGAAAUGCACCCCCUUUCAACAGCAGUGGGAGUCCAGGGUCUCAGAACGAAGGGCUGAGCACCCAGGACCAUCAGCUUGUGACUCAUGCUGCCCGCCAAGAGCCCCAGGGCCAGGAGAUUCAAGUGGACAAUAGCAUCAUGGAGAAGCAGCUCUCUCCAAGACUUCAGAACAGUGAAGACCUCCCAACGUACGAAGAAGCCAAAGUCCAGUCGCAGUAUUUCAGGGGCCAGCCGCAUGCUAGCGUUGGGGCAGCGUUUUAUGUGACGGGGGUAACCAAUCAAAAGAUGAGGACUGAAGGGCGGCCUACGGUUCAGCGAGUGAACCCUGGGAAAGUCCAUCAGGAUGAAGGACUUAAGGACCUCAAGCAAGGACAUGUUCGCUCUCUUAGUGAGAGGCUGAUGCAGCUGUCGUUGGCCACUAGUGGUGUCAAGGCCCACGCACCCGUCACGAGUGCUCCACUUUCCCCCCAGCAGCCAAAUGACCUUUACAAAAACUCCGGUUCCAAUGAUUUCUAUAAAAACUCAGUGCCCACGCCUCCCCAGCCGAAUAUGAAAGCGAUAGAGCACCGGGGCCCUCCGCCAGAGUACCCUUACAAAAACAUGUCCACCCCACCCAUGAACUGCAAACCUCAGGACCCUGGACAUUUCUAUGGUGAUCAUCGCAUGAGCCAGCAGAGUAGAUCUGAUGGGCCUAUGAUGAGAUAUCAGCAUCCUCCUGAGUAUGGAUCAGUCAGGCAAAACCCUGAUCUACACCUGCAGUUACAGCAGAGACCCCCUCACCAUCACAGCCCAACUUCCUCCUUAACGUCCUUGGGAUCUUUGACCUUACUGCAGUCUCCACCACCAUCCAGAUUGUCUCCUUCCCAGCAUCAGCAACCCCUGACUCCAAAUCAGGGAGACCCAUGCUUUCUACCGCGGACCCAGCAGCUGUUCCUGUCAAACCAGGUCCAUCAGGGAGAUUUCUACCGACUAUGCCAGCCCGGUCUAGGCCAGCAGCAACAGCAGCAAGGAGAUUCCUACAUGUUAAUGCCAAGAGCUCAGCAGAUACCAUCUCCUUAUCAGCAGAUGCAAGUAGAUCCUUUUGCUAUUGUUUCCAGGGCCCAGCAGAUGGUGGAGAUCCUGUCAGAGGAGAACCGAUCCUUACGACAGGAGUUGGAUGGGUGCUAUGAGAAAGUGGCAAGGUUACAGAAGCUGGAAACAGAAAUUCAGCAAGUUUCGGAAGCAUAUAAAAACCUGGAGAAGUCCUCCUCUAAGCGGGAUGCCCUGGAAAAGGCUAUGAGAAAUAAGCUGGAAGGAGAAAUUCGUAGGCUUCAUGAUUUCAACAGGGAUUUGAGAGAGCGUAUGGAGACAGCCAACAAGCAGCUUGCAGAGAAGGAAUUUGAGGGAUCUGAGGACAAUCGGAAAACCAUCUCUCAGCUCUUUGCACAAAAUAAAGAAACACAGAGGGAGAAGGAGAAACUGGAAAUAGAACUAGCUGCUGCACGCUCCAACAAUGAGGAUCAGCGAAGGCACAUUGAGAUCCGUGAUCAGGCCUUAAACAAUGCUCAGGCCAAGGUGGUGAAACUGGAGGAAGAGCUGAAAAAGAAGCAGGUUUAUGUCGAGAAGGUGGAGAAGAUGCAGCAGGCAUUGGUUCAGCUGCAGGCAGCGUGUGAGAAGCGAGAACAGUUGGAGCACCGGCUCCGAACUCGCCUGGAGAGAGAACUGGAGUCUCUCCGGAUGCAGCAGCGUCAAGGUACAUCUCAGACUGCCAGCGCCUCGGAGUACAGCGCCACAGCACUUAUGGAACUCCUGCGGGAGAAGGAGGAGAGAAUUCUUGCCCUGGAAGCCGACAUGACUAAAUGGGAACAGAAGUACCUGGAGGAGAGCGUGAUGAGACAGUUUGCUUUGGAUGCGGCAGCUACGGUGGCUGCUCAGAGGGACACAACUGUGAUCAGCCAUUCGCCUAAUGCUAGCUACGACACCUCCUUGGAAGCUCGCAUUCAGAAGGAAGAAGAGGAGAUCCUGAUGGCCAAUAGGCGGUGUCUUGACAUGGAGGGCAGGAUAAAGACUCUCCAUGCUCAGAUCAUUGAAAAGGAUGCCAUGAUUAAAGUCCUCCAGCAGCGCUCCCGGAAAGAGACCAGUAAGACAGAUCAGCUGUCUUCAAUGAGACCAGCUAAGUCCCUGAUGUCAAUUUCUAAUGCUGGAUCAGGCUUGCUGUCCCACUCUUCAACCCUGAGCAGCACUCCCAUAUUGGAAGAGAAGAGGGAGGACAAAAGCUGGAAGGGCAGUUUAGGUGUUCUGCUGGGUCCAGAAUGUCGCUCGGAAUCCAUUCCUUCAACUCCCUCACCGGUCCUUCCCUCCACCCCGCUGCUGUCUGCACACUCGAAAACAGGCAGCCGAGACUGCAGCACGCAGACAGAUAGGGGAAGUGAACAAAAUAAAGCUGCUUCCUCUGCCGUGGCCCUUGUACCAGGGCGACUCCCCACUACCAGUGUGCCCUACAAUUCAGACAAAACAGAUGGGCCAGUUUUCCACUCCAGCACUUUGGAAAGAAAACCGCCUGUUCACAGCUUGGGGCAGGACCUCACUGAUGCAGAAAUGGUGGAAUACCUUAUCUGAAAGGCUGAACUUGUAUCAAAGCUGGGACACAAUAGCAAGAAUUUUUUUUAAAAAGACAUUUUUAUUGGAAAAAAUAUAGUACCUGAGUAAUAAAGGAACACUCAGCUCUUCGCUCUUGUAUAUUAGGUCUUAAAAAUGUGGACAGGUUAAUUUAUGAUUUAUUCUAAAUUAUAAAAUACUUGUUCUUUGAAAGCCGUUUCCUCCUCUCUCUUCUUCCCCAAGCUUGUUAUUAAUACUGGAUCUGGUAAUGUCUGGAUAAAACCAAGGUCUUAAAUGCACUAAAUUCUAUUUUUAAUUUCAGUAUUUUUAAAACCUUGUAUUUAAAAAAAAGUAGUACUUACUUUCACAGCAGUUGGUUAACUUCAUUUGAACACUGCCAAGAUGGGCGUAAUGACUCUGCAAAUUUAUUGAGCACCAGGUCACACAAUGACCACGUAACAUCACAACUAGAUUGGGGUGCUUUGUUCCGAAUGUCACUGAAGGCUCCAGAGUACAGGUAUUCUGAGUAGCUUUGUAAAAUUUGUAGGAGAUGAUCAAGGGAGCUUUUUUUCUCUAUUACCCUCAGUAGUACGAAGUCAACAUGGAUAUCCAAUAUUCCAGGGCUGGAAUGAUUUCAAUUUUCACAAUGUGCUCAUGCACUUUUUUGUUUUUUUGUACUCUAUCGCAGUCACAUUGUUUUUAAUAGCUCCAGAGAUUGUCAUGUUUGUCAUUUUCAGCAGUGUCAGAGGGUCCCCAGUACUUUAUACAUAUAUAAUUUUGAGUAAUUUAUACAGUAGAUAAUAAAAUAAUAUAUUGCAUUCAGGUUUUAAGUUAAUAAAUAUGAAGAAACUGUGGGCCUAAUCCUGAUCUCAAUAACAUCUGUUUUUCACCAUUGUAGCUCCACUGUCUUCACCGAAAUUACUCUGAAUUUCCACCGGUGUAGGUGUUGAGCCCUGUAGUAUUUGAAUAUUAGCAACUUGAUCUGCUGCAUUAGACCUUGAUAGAGAAUUAUUUUUGGUAUAUUUCCCUCUAUUUCAAAUCUCUUUCUAGUUUGUAUGUCCCUCAUUCCAUGAAAUAAUGGAUUCUCUUUUCAUAUAGCAAGUGUCCAAGUUAGUACCUUACACAAGGUAAAGGGUACAGUUGGUUAUUGUCAAAAGUUCCACGUGGCAAAUUCUGUGUCCUUCCAAAAUAUUUCCCUCUUCUAACUGGAGAGAGCAGCAUUUCUAUGUUUUAAAGUAUUUAAGGGAGCAAGUUUCACAUCUGUUCAUCAUCAGUUUCACUUUCAGGUUUUUAGGAACUAGCCCAAAUGCUGCAGUGCUUGGGUUGCAAAUCCUGCAGGGGGAUGUUCAGACACAUUUUAAAAAAGGCUUGUUUUGAGUUUUUUUUCUUUUUAAUUUUAUGAAAACACUUGUAUUAAUAUUAGUUUGUUUUAAAACACUUGGUUUACUUAAAUUUGAUGUCUUUACCAGACAGUGCUGCUAAAGCAUCUCAGCUGAUCCCAAAAUUCCACUACAGCAUUGUAGCAGCCAAAACUUGCCAUGGAGCGAGGUAGCUUCAUGUUAAAGCACCAAGCCUUAUCCUGCAAUGGGCUUAGUACCCUUAACUCCCACUGAGUAGAAAGCACUUGGCACCUUAGUGCAUUAGGCCCUAAAUUGCAGUGGGCGUAGGAAGGCUGCAGCACUAUCACCUAUUGGUACUAUGUCUUCUAGCCUCUGGCUUAUCAGCUUUUAAAAGGGUCAAAGUAAUUGGCCUUAACAGAUCAGUGGAAGCAGCCUGGAUUUUACAGGGGAGAAGAAAACCCAGAAAGGUGUCUCCCAUUAGUAGGCCUCAGAUACCUUUCUUGAUUUUCCUCCUGUCCCAAAAUUAACACUGUAAUGCCUGAAUAUCAGCUCAGAGAGAGAUUGUAUUUUACUCGAAGCGAUCAUUCAGCGGAAUGGAUCACGCUUUACUCUUGGAAGUCAGUUCCUCUUGGUCCUGUUGGGUUUACCACUUGCUAAUUUUAAUCAUUGAGAAAUCUUAGAACCAUAAAAGUUAGAGAUGGCAAAGUAUGUUGGUCAGAGAUGGCCCCAGUGCAAAUACCGUGACUUUGCCACUGACCUCUUUCUCUAACAGCCUGAAUCCACCCCCCAAACUGGACACCCACAAUGUGUGGGGUAAUUCCGAGCUGUACUUUAAGAGUUGGCCCAUCUCUACCACGUAGGUCCUCCUCUUUCCUCUUGGCCUGUGCAGAAUUGUUCCUUAAAGUUCAUUCUGUUAUAUUUUGUCCAGGCAAGUGUUCUACCCCUUUCCAUGGGGGAUACCCAUCACAGCCUCAUAGCUCUCACUGUUGGAAAUAACUAAUGUUCUCUUUUGCUUCAUUUCAUCCCAUGACAUCAAGUAAUGCCUACCCUGGAUGAUUAUAAAUAAUGCCUCUCCUCCUCUGUAGUCAUUGGAAGCAUUGUGUGACCGUAUCCAUAUUCCUGCCAUAGGAUUGUUCCCGUUGUACAUUUUGUGGGCUAGGUUUAAUACAGUGACCAGCUAGGGAGAUUGAGAACAUAGCUGUGAGAGAGAUUCAGUGUGAGAAGGGUAAGUCUUUUUGUUAGUCUUUCAAAGGUUGGAAAAACUGUACCUUCUUGAGUGCUACUCAGAGGCAGGUAAGGAAUGUUACAUCCUGUGCCCAUUAGUCCAUUCUAACUCAAUUGACCUGCAUUGGUACUAAAAUGUAUGGAUCAAUUAUGCACAUAUGUCUGAUUGGGUAAACUCCAAUUUGCCUAGGUCCGUGUGUGUUGAUGAUUAGGAUGGACCAGUCAACACUGGUUAUUCC